GUGUUGUGUUGUUGACAGAGCUGACAGCUGGCCGAGGCUGAUGGCUGGCUGAGUGGCUGAUAGGUAGUCAAUAUUUCGAUCGAACGAAACACUGUGCGACGUAAAAAAUAGAAAUCAAAAACAUAUUCCAAUAAUUUAAUUCGAAAUGCAUAAGUGAAAUGUGACUCUAACUACUUAAUAACGACAUUUUUCUACGCAACAAUACCACACGUAACAGUGAUAUAAACCAAAAUAUUGGAGACGUUUCUUACGAUUUAUUUUGGCGUAAUAUUUCGUCUGUUUGAUGGUCAAGAUGGAUACGACAGGGUCUAUUAACACUGAGGCUUUAGAUGCCAUUGAAAAUGAGGAGGAGGUUAUUGACGAUUCGGAGGAGAGGGAGCUGGUGACUGACUCAUGCUCGACAAAGGUUUUGAGCACAGGAGAGCAGCCUAGAGACAACUACAGCAUUGUUUAUAUACUGUUUUAUUUAUUUGGAAUCACUUCGCUUGUGCCCUGGAAUUUUGUUAUUACUGCUAAUGAUUAUUGGAUGUAUAAAUUUCGGGAAGUCAAACCGAAUAAUCUUACGAUGGUGGUGCGUAAGACGGAAUUCCAGGCGGAAUUCACUUCGUUCCUCAACAUGGCCACCGCUGUUCCUAACUUAGCAUUUCUACUCCUCAAUUCACUUUAUGGGCAUUUAAUACCAAUGAAAGCAAAAUUGCAAGGAUCUCUGGUUAUAGUGACUUUAUGCUUUCUGGUGACGACUGCCUUUGUCCAGGUGGACACGGAUGAGUGGCAGGCAACAUUCCUCAUCAUCACUAUUGCCACUGUCUUCGUUAUGUCCGCUGCCAGCGCGGUGUUCAUCGGAGGCCUCGUUGGCAUAGCGAGCAGAUUCUCCAAAGAGUACAUGGCAGCAGUCGUAAGCGGCCAGUCUUUGGGGGGCAUCAUCGCAGCUCUAGCGCAAAUCAUGUCACUGGCAUUCAAAGUGUCCCCUCUACACAGCGCCCUUAUAUACUUCGUGAUAGCCGAUAUAAUGGUCAUCACUUCCUUGAUAUCGUAUAUGAUGUUAUACAAGAUUGAUUUCUUCACCCAUCAUAUUCUGCGAGGCAGUGGUGGUAUGGGCAGUAACAGACAUAGGGAUGUGUUUAUUACGGUGAUUGCUAAGAAGAUUUGGGUGUACGCCUUCAGUAUAUUUGCUGUGUUCGCUAUCAGCAUGUCUGUGUAUCCAGCUGUUACAGUGCUGGUCGAAUCUCAUCCUUCUACUACGGGCACUGAUUGGAAUAAUAUUUACUUUGUCCCCGUUGUGAAUUAUUUGAUCUUCAACUGUGGUGAUUACGCUGGGCGAUUAGUGGCUGGAUUCUUGUUGAGGCCAACGAACCAAUGGAUAAUCCUCGCAGGCAGCAUCCUCCGUAUCAUAGGCGUGCCAAUGCUGAUGUUAUGCAACGCCCAGCCCCGCAACUACCUGCCAGUACUGUUCCUGUGGGAUUGGGAGUACAUCAUCAUCAUGAUCCUGUUCGCAUUCAGCAACGGAUACCUUACUAAUAUUGUGAUGAUCAAUUCUACCAGGGUGGUGGAAGUACAUGAACGUGAGAAGGCAUCAAGUAUAAUAGCUCUAAUGCUGAGCGUGGGAUUGUGCGCAGGCGCCGGUUUUGGCAUGCUCCUAGUACAUCUACUAUAAACUAAUUACCCAGUCGGUUAAAGAAAGGAGGUAUCGUGUCUUUGAAAUAAUGUUACCUAGAUACCUGUUAGGUAUGAGAAAUAUUUAUUUAUUAAUCUUAUUUAUUUUAAUUGUAUUUUGUAUGAUUUUAUAUUAUUUUGACAUUUUCUAUUUUUAAUUUAAUUUUAAUAGACAAACUUUUACUCUAAAUAUGAGUAAAAUAAUUAUGAUACAUACAUAUUAUUAUGUAUUGUUAGAAAAAUAAAAAGUCUGCUAGUAUAAGUUGACCUUCCAUUAUAUAAGUUCUCAAUUCUAUGCUAGGCCAUCUUAUACUAGCCAUUUCGUUAAUGGUGACAUUAUUUCAAAGAUUCCAUUAAUAUAAGAAGAGAUAGUAUUAUCAAGUAAUUAUGCGGGAUUUAGUACUUGAAACAUAAUUGGAUGUUGGGGAAAUAGGCCGCAGGCGGUACUUGCUUAAAUAAAAUAUGGAUGAUUCUUCGAAAAAUCUUGAUAUAGGCAUUAAUUUUUAAUAGACUAAAAUGAAGUACAAACUUUCAAAAAGACAGACAGGACUUAGUACGUUUGUUUGACGUUUAGCGAAAUCGAAACGGAAUCCAGUUCGGCGUUCUGAGAGCUUAAUCGAAAAUAGAGCGUGAGCUCUGAUUGGUGGUAUCAUUCGCGCCGGCCAAUCAGAGCGCUGAACGCGCUCUCAUUUCGUUUUCAUUUAACGUAAAUCAAUCUCCUACUAAGGGUACUGAUUGGCCUGCUAAAAUGAGCCGACCAAUCAGAAGGCUAAAAGCGGUAACGUCUCGAACUCUUCAAACGUAAAACAAACUUGUACUUGGCUUCAAGUCUUUAAAUACAUACAAUUAACAGUUUACGUCAAACAAAUUAAAAUGCGAAUCUUGUUCAUGUCCAAAGCAAAAAAACGACUUGAAUACUUUUUCGAAGAAUUAUCCGAAAUUACUACUAUAUUAUGUGUAAAUGUUAAUACUCGGUAUAGCGUCCCAUUUAUUUAGUAAUAUUUUAAAUAAUCGACUAAUUUGUACAGAUUUUUUUUUUUAGUAAUUAUUGCCAAAAUAUUUUUUCCAAAGCUAAGUUGGUAUUGUGACAUUUUUUCAUACAUAUGUAUAGAAUAUAGAGCUACAAACGGUGUAUCAUAUUUAUUAUUUACCAAUUAUUUUAUUCAUGAACAAAUCAACAAACCUAUUUAUAGAACGUUUUCUCAAUAACAAAUAGUAGUUUGAACGUUGAAGGAGACAAAACAAGUUUUCAUUAAAAUACUUUUAUUGUUUAGUCAUGUAUGAGAAAAAAAAUGUAUUUAUUUUAUAUUUGGUAUAUUAUCAUAAAAUACGUAAUUAUUAUUAUCUUGUAAAAUUAUAGAAUUUAUUCGACAAAAUCAAUCACAAUAUAAUAUAAAACAAAAUCGCUUAGAUCUUUAAAACUACUCAAGCGGAAAGCUAAUAUAUAAUAUUGAUUUAUUAUUUGUUAUGCUUUCGCAUUUUGUGAAUUGAUUUUCUUGGAUAUUGUUCUUUACUUUUUUCAAAAAGACAUAAUCAUAAUAUCCAGUGGCGUAGCGUGCCUUGACGUGGUCCUGUAUAAAAAAAUUGUUUGGUGGCCCCGUUUUUUUUUUUGAGGGAGAAAAAGUCAGCCAUUGUCUUUUUCCGCCUUGUUUCUCAAUCCUCAAAGAGAGGACUUACCGAUGCUAUAACAGCGAACCCACGUUUGGGGCCCUUAUGAUGACGUUAAUUUUCCUAAAGUUGCUAUCAACUUUUAAAUGCAUGCUUUACGUGGAAAAAAGGAAUUGAUUAUUUAUACUUUUAAAAUGGGCAGUUGAUAUUUUUUGCGUAUACGUAAUUGAUACGGCAGAUACUGGGCUAGCUACGCCCCUGAUAAUAUCUCAUAACAUAAUAAUUGUCUAUUAUAACGGAUUAAUGUAAUUUUUACUUUUAAAGUAUAACAUUCCGACAUUAUUGUUAACUGCCUUUAGCUUUUAUUAUGUGGCAUUAAAUAUUAAUUAAGGAUUUAAUUACUUGUACAUAAUAUUAUUGUUUGCAGGCGAUUGAUUGAUGACUGUGAUGAUUUUAUUUUUUUAUUAUUUGUGUGUUUUGAUUGUUCAAAUAUUAAUCACGAUACUUCCAUACCGUUAAAUAAGUUGUACUUAUUUUUUUACAAAAAAUAAUAUUGACAGGAUAUUAAUUUUGCAUUGGCAACUUUAAUGUUAAUCGAAUACUGCCAUCUAUUGCCACGCUUCUGUACUACGUAGCAAAAUAAUUCAAAAUAUGUUUUAAAAACAGUUAAAUAAGAGGCAAAAAGACACUAAUAUGCAGUAUAAUGAUAUCAACAAAGUAUAGGCAACUUAAUUUGCUUUAGAUCGUCAAUCGAAAAAUACAUAAUAGCCGUAUCAUAAUCUAAUUGUUUCUUAAUACUGUGUAAUAUUGCAAGCAGUAAAUUAUUAAAGAAGAAAUGGUACUUGAGAAAAACAAUAAUUUCGACAUCAGAUAUUACUUUCCCUACGAUUCCUAACAAUUGACAUUAAUUUACCAAACCUUAGCAAAUGUGUGAAUAGAUCUCAAAUAGAUUAGUUGUAUAAUUUUAAGUAGUCCAAAUAAACAGUUAAGUUUACAUGUUUUGUACCAAAAGGAAUUUGUAUGUAUGGUUAAUACAUAUUUUGUAUAUAGAAAAUGAUUUUCGUAUAAAAUAGUUUUGUACCUGAUUUUAAUUACAUAGUAAAGAGUUGAAGCGCAAUCAAAUGUUCAUCUGAAAUGUCACAGCAAAUUCAACUUUAUUUUCAGCCAAUUAAAGCAUAAAAUCUGUGUUAAUUGCACGCUUUAAGAAUAUAGACAUUACUAUGCAGAGAUAUUAAGGUACGCGUCCACAGGCUCGCGUCGUACGCAUCGCACGCAACGGAUUUUAGUUUGUCUUGUAUAGAAACUCAUACAACUGCGUCCAAUGCUCCGCAUCAUCAGCAAUGCUUUCAUGCGAUGCGUGCUGAUGACGUCACACGCGUACUAUGCGUGCACUGCGUACGAUGCAGGCCUGUGGACGCUUACUUUUAAGGUUUAUUUUGCUGUGACAUUUUAGACGAUUGACAACCCUUCGACUCUGUUCGACUAUAAAUUAACCCAUACAGGUGCUUUGAUUAUUUUAUUCUGUGUUAUAUUAUGUAUGUGUACGUUUUGUAUGUUGUAUGUUAAAAUAUCAUAUAAUAAUAACAAGUUACCACAAAUACUGUUACGCAUUUUUCUAUUAAGUUUGUUAUGUAUAAGUGUUGCGUGAUAGUAAAAUUAAUAUUCGCUUUUCUAUCAUUGUUAGGUAAACAAGUUAUUGUGUAAAAUGUACGCAGUUUCAUAUUCUUUCAGUUAAUAUUAAAAAAUGACACAAAAUAUUCCAAUAUUGUAAAUAAUAAUGAAUAAUAAAUACUCAUACUAUGCAGGUCAAUAAUUGUAUCGGUCAAUUUUGUGAAAUACAUUCUAAGUAUACUAUAUAAUAUUGGGUAAAAUAUAAAUAUGUAUUGUAAUGGACGGUAGUUUUUCAACUCAUAUCUGCUACAUAAUCAAACUGUUAGUUAGACUUUUUCAAUGCACGUACAGGUUCAAUUCUGAUAAAUUACAAAACCUUCUUUUAUGGUUCAUUUGGUGAAGUUCUAUAGAUACUAAAAGCGGUCCUGUCUUCUUAUAGGCUCACGAGGAAAAUAGCUCUUCCCGCGCAGUGUCACCCAAUCCUCGUAUUCCAUAAACCGUAACGUGAUGUUUAUAGCCUGUAUCUUCCCUCAAUAAAUGAACUAUCCAACACAAAAACAUUUUUUCAAAUCGAAUCACUAGUUCCUGAGACUAAAGGUAUUGUAAAUUAUCAGGAUUGGAUCUAAAACAUCACAAUUGCAGCUAUAAUGGAAAUAAGCAAGCAAUUAUCUAGCUAGCCAGAUGUGAACUUAAUUAGAAAAUAUGUAAACUUGUGAUAAAUGUUGGUGAAUGAAUUGAAUUUAAAUUUUAAAAUAAAUAUAUUAUUUAUGUGAUA